AUGAGCAAACCAAAUCAUCCCUCGCGCCGUCUCCUCAUCUUCCAGGAGACGCGCAACCCGCAAAACAGCGCGGAGAUCGUCUACCUCCCCGUCAACAAACUCGGUCUCCCUGUCUGCGGUGAUGGGCCGGAGCUACCAUCCAUCCUGGAACUGCCGUUACGAAGCUUGAGGUUUUUUACAGAGCUUUUUAAUCAGCCCAAGUACAAGGGGUGGGCCGUUCUCUCGGCUGGUCCUUACCACGAUACCUCUGAAGAGGGAAAGUUUUACGCCGUGGUCUUGGAACAGAACCAGGUGUACACGCAUGGACAGGCAGAAGGAGCUAUGGGGUCAUCUAUGGGAUCAGCUUGA